AUGAGCGCCACGGGCACCGUGAAGUCCUUCAAUGGUGCGAAGGGCUUCGGUUUCAUCGAUUGUGGCACAGGAACAGACGUCUUCAUCCACAUCAAGGACUGCAUUGAUGGGAACCAGCCAGCCGCAGGCGAUGUGCUGACGUUUGACCUGGAGCCCAGCAAAUCCAAACCAGGCCAGAUGCAGGCCAAGAACGUCAAGGGUGGGACCGCUGUGAAAGAGCAGCCUGGCGCCGCAGACCCGUUUGGCUCCUUUGGAGCUGCGAAAAGCAUGGGCACUAGACAAGGCACCGUCAAAACCUUCAAUGCCGAGAAAGGAUUCGGCUUCAUUGCGGUGGAGGACGGCGGGCCGGACGUGUUUUUGCACGUGAAGCAGUGCGUCGGCUCCAUGCCCAAGCCUGGCGACGUGGUGACCUACGACGUUGAGCCUAGCAUCAACAGACCAGGUCAGAUGGUCGCAAAGAACGUAACAGGUGGAUCUAUGCCGCUGGCUACGAGUCAGCAGCCUGGAGCUGGAUAUGGACCAGUUCGGACUGACGUGACCCAGCUUACUAACCCGUAUGCGCAAAAUGGCAUGAUGGGAGGCAUGAACAUGGGCUGUGCUGGCCUAGGGAUGACAGCAAUGCCUGGCUUGGGCCUCGGUGACAUGAGUGCGAUGGGUGGGCUGGCGUCCCAACUGGGCUGCGCUGGCUUCAGUGGCUGCGCCGGAUGCCCCGGCUGCGGUUGCGGUGCGAUUGCUCUGGUUGUGGAGCAUGUGGUUGUGGCGGCCUCGGUGACUGUUCCGGAUGCGGAGCAUGUGGUUGCGGAGGGAUGUGGCUGUGGCCUGAAUGGUUGUGGUGGCUGUAUGCCCGACAUGAAUGCCUUGGGUGGCUUUGCUGGCUAUGGUUGCGACGGAGGCAUGUCGCAGCCGCUCGGAGAGCAGGCAAUGGCGCCAAUGGCGGCCCUGCCUCCCGGGGCCGAGAUGGGGUCAGAGGAAGUUGGGGUUUCGUCUGCGCUGGAUCCUGCGCCAGCAGAGCCACCGCGGCAAGCAGCAGCAGAGGAUUCUACUGGGCUUCCGGCCUACGUAAAAGACAAAGAGGUCACUCGGCGACUUCAGCUUCCGGCUGAACCUUUUGUGGACAGCUACUUGGAGCAAAUCUAUCCCAGCAACUAUGUUUCCAGCCCUCACUCGGCGGUCACAACGAAGCUACUCUCAUCAGAGGCGGGCUCACGUGUCUCCUCGCCGCAGCGCGGCCCGUCCGUCCGAGCAGGCUCCGCUCAGAGCCGUGGCAGCUGCGUAUCAAUUUCCAGCACAGGCUCCGCUUCAUGGAAGCAGCAGAUCAAAGGUGCACGGCAGAAGCUGUUGGAAAGGUUCUGCACCACAAAGCGCGCCUUCGAUGCUUUUCUCGGGACCAUCCGCGAGCUCAAGAGGCUUCGGUAUUGGACUGGUGACAUGCUGGACGUUGAGCUGCCGCAAGAGCAGUUCUGUGCCUUCUUGACCAAGCACUUCAAGAACAUUCCGAAAGAGGAUCACAUGAACAUCUUCCGUUUCUUCGAUACGGACGGGAGUGGCGAGAUCUCACUUGGUGAGUUCUAUGCAGUGGUCGAGGCAAUGUCCCCAGUGCGCUGCCUGGCUGACCUUCGGUGCAGGUGGAUUGCGCUCGGAUACGGUUCGGCGUGCAGGGCAAUGGAGGUGAUGGCAGCACGACAGACCUGGGGUGUCCGAAGAUACAGCUGCCAACAUUUCGGGCAUCUCCUGAGCAAAGUCGGAGUGCUGGAGUGGGAGGAGCACCUUUACAUCUUUUCGGCUGUCGCUGCUCCGAACAUGUCGGGCACUGUUUCCCUUGCCGAGCUCUAUGCUGCCCUGGGUUCUGUGUCGCCAGUUCUGCUGCUUGAGGAGUGGCGACAGCGCCUAGAGACGAUGUAUGUUGAUGUGGAGAAAGCUUAUGACCCUCUGGAAGACAUCACCACCCAGGCACCUCUUGACCUCAGCAAGUUCGUCGUUCAGGCUGGAGAGCACUGGAACAUGUCAGUGCUCGAGGCCAAGAGGUUCUUCAGGCUCUGUGAUUAUGACCUGAAGGGGAAGAUGACAAGGACGAAGUUCCUCACCGUCCUCAAGCUGGUGAAGCCUACGCUCAUGCUGGAGCACCUCAGGAGAAAGCUCAGGUUGUUCUACACCACUUUGCUUCGCAAAGUUCGGUCGGUGAACAAGAAGGCCAGCCUGGAAGCAUUGGCCAUGACGCUCGUGAGCAACUUCCUUCAGUACAAACAGGACCCAAAGAUCUCGAGGAAAGUCGUCCCAGAUGACUACCAGAGGACAUAUGACCUCUUGCAGCUCACAGAGAAGGACACAAAGCUGCUCUUCAGCCUCGUGGAUCUACGAGCUUCGGGGAAACCCGACCCGAUUUUCUGGCACAUGCUCAAGAACUUUACGCCGUCUGUUGUGCUCGAGGACUUGAGCCUUCUGAGUAACAACAUCGCUGUCAUGACUCUCAAGCAAGUGCGAGAGGCUCAAAAGCUGCCGGCCUGGCAAGCGAGGCAUCUCGGCCUGACGCGUGACCCCACGCCGGAGCUACAAGUCUGGUCUGAGUUAGCUGACGGCAGCAGGGAGUCUCCCUGGCUUUCGCAGCUGAUGCCAGGCUCUGCCGCCCGGGCUGCCGGCUCCCGGAAGGAGGCCGCCAUGCUGGCUCCGCUGGCUGCCAUCUCGUCUGGACUUGGAGGCAUGCGACCCUUGGCCGAAUCAUCAAAGUACAGCCUCCGCCUCCCCGAGGCCCGUUUGAGCCAGGUGCUUUCGGAUGUUUACGGCGAACUUGCCGGAGUUGAGGUGAAGGCCGCGAACUUGUUGGACCUCCUGGAAGACACGAGCAGCCAAGGUCUACCGAGACAUGCGCCCGUCGGUGGCCUUUCGAUUCCCGAGCUAGCAGCAAUGGUUGGCUGCGUGGCGGCUGCAGACGGCAUUCCAGCAGAUGUGUCGUCCGAGGGCCGGGAAGCUCGGGCACAACUGGAAGCCCGCGCGCAUUUCGCGCCUUUCACGGACUUUGCAGUGGACCUCCGGGAGGAGGUCCGUCAGCGAAUUCGCGUCGCCGGCUUGCCAAGGCCUUUGCCCAUGGGAAGUCUAGAGGAGCCACAGAGCUACGUGAAUGCUAGCAGGGAGUUGGACCCGAAGGCCAACUUGACAGAGGAGCCAAUCGAGACGGAGGGCUCCCGUCUGGCUGAGGUAAUCAGUGAAAAGCUUGAGACUUUGAAGCUGGUCAAGGAUGACAACCUGCGGGAGUCUCUCUCUGCCGAAGUCUGUGCUGAGGAGGUGGAACGUCGAUUCCUCCAGCAGGACAGUAGAGCAGCUGUGGUGCAUCAUAUUCCGGGCUCACGGCAGUGGGAGUCUUUCUACCGGCCCAUCGAGGACUGUUCGAGCUACACUCCGGACGUGAUCAUGAUGAACAAGAUGAAAAACUACUUUCUGGACAUGGGUGGCCUCGUGGAGGACCAAGAGGUUAUGCUUGCCAAGAAACAGCGCUUCUCGCAGCUCAAGCGGCUGAAGACAGCGCCUUCACUUGGUUCCCUCGAGUGA